CACCCCAGCAUAAGCCACAUAAUUAAAAUCGGUAAAAUCUACAUAGAUAUGCAGAAGAUGUGAGCCGUAUAGAAUGCAGCAAACAAGCGAGGGCUACACAUUGAUAAAAUCACAUAAUGGACACAACUGAAGAUAACUCAAGAUAUUCUCGGGUUGAUCUGCUGGCGCUACGCUACGAGGAUAGUUCGCGACGACGUCCCAGCUGUGCAAAUCGGACGGAGUUGCAAAAGUUAAAUUUUUGGAAAAUCAACGGACUUCCAUCGAAUUUGAGUAACAACAACAGCAACAGCUGCAGCAGCUACGGGAAUAAAACUGGCCUAUCUCCUGAAAGGGAAAACGUUUCCCUUACCAGUUCCAAUGGACUACUCAGUUCGAGGCGCGCGUUACGCAAUCGGGAAAGAGCUCACAAUUAUUAUCAACGCUUUACUGCUGGCGAUCAGAUUGGCGAAGAUGCACAGGCCAGCUUAGCGUCAUUGAGUGGCGGUAAUCUAUGCAGUGCAUCAUACAAGUCAGCCAACAUAGAUCAUCGCAGCAUUUCCUCAUCGCAUUUAAUGCCCGCAUUUGCCAAGCGACGCUUUGUGGUUGCAAUUGGUCCAAAUGAAACACAAAGUGAGAAGGCAAACUAUGAAGAUGGCCUCGGCUCGAGUGCUAAAGAGAACACGUCAAUUUCGUGCCAAGCCAAUGCCGAUCUGAAGAAUACAACACGCUCCACGUUGAGUUCCCCCAUGCGGCGGACUCCGGCUGCAUCUGCGGAGUGGGAACGCAGUGAGAAACAUUCAAACUUUCAGCCGGAUAGUGAACAGUUGUUGGCAUUGUCGCCAACAUUCUUGUCGGGCAAGCAGGGCACAAACUUAAAUGUUCAAGAGAGACGGAUUGGCAGUGGACGACUUCUACCACGAAACGAUAACUGGGAAUAUAAGAAUAAGGAUGCAGAUUCUUCAUUAGCCAAUCUGGAAAAGGACAGACCACAAAAUGGUGGCAUUGUCAUUCAGCAGCGACAGCGAACAUGUUCGACAAAACACAGCGACAGAUCGAAUGAUAUUCUGGGAGACCGCGAUAGGGAUCGGGAUAGAGAGCGAGAUCGUGAUCGCGAUCGUCGUAUCAACGAACGUAGUCGGGACCCAAAUGAGGGCAAAAAGAAUAUGCUGAGCGGACGACGCGCAACCAACAGAGACAAAUUCAAUUUCGGUGAUAGCACAAUGCAGAAUCGAGGCAAACGCAUGAACAUGUAUCAAACGCAUGAUAGACACGAACCCGAAUGGUUUAGCGCUGGUCCCACAUCUCAGCAUGAAACUAUCGAUUUGCACGGCUUCGAGGACUAUGAAAACGAUAGUGCUGCCGAUGUAAAACCCGCUAAGGAGGAUGUGAAUAAGGAAUUUGUUGCGCUGACAAACCAAAUAGGUAGCCCCACAUCGAGAAGUAGCAGCAUUGCCAGCCUACACGUUAUCGAUUCGUCGAAUGACAGCAAUGAGAUGACUUCGUCAAACGGGCCGCCCAGCAAACGAAGUAACGAUAAUCCAAUUCCAAAAUCUGAAGUUGAGUUCAAUUUUGAUGCGUUCCUUAACAUGGAUCCAAUGGGCAAUGAUGGCGAGGUCCAAGGCGAGGUAAAGGGAACUUCACGGUUUAGCCGCUGGUUUGCAUCCAAAGAACCAACAUGUGGUAGCGAGCUCGGAUCUUAUGGCAGCUCUACUACAUUAGAUAGGCAAGAAAUUCCUAGUGUUAAGGACUUGGAAGCACAAAUGAAAAAAGUGGAUUUGCGACCUGAAUAUGAAAUUAUCAACACAAUGCGAAACGCACAGCAGUCAACUCAAGCGGAGGCAAGAGACAACUCUGUUACUAGAGAUACCGAAGGAUUUAAAAGACUCUUGCAGCAGUUGGGCUCCCAAAACCAUGCGCAACCAACCCCGUCGUACCCCUUAAUUCCGAAUGUGCCCGUGGUGCGCAGCGAGCCACGUGCCAAUCCUCAUGACCGCCAUCAGCACAUGGCUCGAGGUCCGGAAGAUGAUCUGCAACAAUACCAGCAACAACGUCAUAAAAAGAAUGACUCCUUGCCACACAGGCAUAUGGAUGUGGUUCCCCAAAGUCCUCUACAUUCCGCAUUGGCGCCGGGCAUCCAUGAUCCAAACGUAGCUGGACUCCUAUCUUUGCAAUCGCAAACACGGAUGGAAAUUCAACAUUUGCUUCAGGGCAUUGUUCGCGGUGAUGUGUCUCUUGAAUUUUUGGAAAAGGAAAUAAGCAAUCCGAACACAACAGCUCAGUCGAGGGAGAUUAUUGGAGCAGUUCUUUAUGAGUGUUCCAAUUCCAAUCGAAACGCUGUGCAACAGAAACUAAAUCAUCCGAACGACUUAAAUCCCCAUAAUGCUAUUAAAAAUCAUCAGUUUUUUAAUAAGAAUGUUUCCGAAGAUUUAUUCUGUCAGAACACGCAAAGUCCUAGCUUAAGCCAACAACACCUCAGGCACAGUAAUUCGCCGACACCGUUGGCAUUUACACCAACAUCUGUGUUAAGGAAAAUGACAGCUGAUAAGGAAUCAACACCGUCGCAAAAUAACAGUGCCAUUAACCAACAAUAUCAUCAAUAUCAACAACUAUCCACGCAGUAUCCGAAACCAACAGUACACAAUCUAAUGAAUGAGUCACCGGUAAUACCUGCUAUUAACCAACUGCAACCGAGGAUGAUCUUGGGCGGCAACUACGCUAUGCAACACCAGCAUCAGCAUCAAUUAAAUCCAAAUAGCCCACAAAUGUCGCCUAAAUUACCUCCACAGUUGUCUCAACAGCGAAGUCAGCCAAACAAAUGGCCGCCUGGCAACAUGCAAGCGUUGCACGGGGCCAAGUCUUUUGGUCGACCAAUUCUGAAAGGAACUCUCAGCUCUGGCUCUCAGCAAAUGGCCCCAGUAACAUUUUCAACAAACAAUGAAUUACAACAGAUCCAUCAGCAAAGACUUAAAUCCAUGCAACCAACAGAAACUAUAAAUAGCGAAAACAUUCACGGUGGAGGACCACCACCUAUACAAAAUGUUCCAUAUACUGACGGAAUCUCCCAGAUGCAGCAGCAUCAUUAUAUGCAACAGCAGCAGCAGCAACGAGCGCAUCACCGACAUCGAUUAUUUCAUGGGGACAUGCAUAGGCAAACUAAUAUGUCGAUGCAGUCGUCAGGUAACAUGGCCGGAGGACCCGACAGCGCCGAAUCUACUAAUUUAAUGAAAAAUAAUAACCUCGGUCCCAUGAACUGUCAUCGAGAUGAACGCUUAUCGCCGACAACAAAUCAAUUGGCCCAAUGGUUUUCCCCAGAAUUGCUUGCCAGAGCAUCAGCUGGUAAAUUGCCGCUUUUAAAUGUGAACCAGGCGCUGAGCUUGGAAGAAUUCGAACGUAGUAUGCAACAUUCCUCAGCCACAGUGCUCAAUUGAAGACUAAGAGUGAAUCUACUUUAAAAGAGACUUAAAUGCAACUAGUUGAAAUGAAUGCUGUUUUAUUUAACAGAAGUUAUCCUGCAGUUUCUUUUAAAAAUGAUUUCAAGCAGUUAUAUUCAUUUGUGUGUUCGUUGCACAGGACUUUUCUUCUUUUUUUUUAUAUCAAAAUUAUGCUCACAACAGCAUAUAUUUAU